AUGGCCGUCCUCACCAUUGUCCAACGAGCCAUACCCUUCCCCUGGAAAAGACGAUCCUCCGCAACCAGCACAACCAGCAAAGGCAAAGAAAAGGAAGAAGAACUCGACUUCGAACUCAAUCUCGAUCAUGAUUCGGAUCUUUACUUCCAUGAAAAGUCCCCCGGCACCCAAUUUGCCGCCAUACCCCGUCCAUCCAUGCACAGUGACGUCUCCGACACCCUGCAUGUAGCGGUGAAGCAGAGUCCAGGUCCAGACCAGACAAUCGACCCCCACGCAUCGUCCAGUGAAUUUUCCGACUGUGACUCUGAUUCGGAAUCAGAGAUUGACCAACAAGAGGCCUCCUCUUCGUCGUCGCGUGCGCGGUUCGGGCGCAUGGUUAACUGGGCGAGUAUUGUUCGCAGCCGAUGCCGGUGGACGCAAGAACAGGAGAAGGAACUUCAGGGUGCGGAGAAGCAGUUGGCACGGUGUCAAAGAGCCUGGAGCUCUGAGCAGGAAUUAUGGCUGUCAUAUAUCCAAGUUUUGCGCGAAGAAAAAGAAGCCCAUGAAGGCUUUAUGCUGAUGCGACUGAAGCAGCAGGAAGAUGAGCGAAGCCAGUUUCGCAAGGUCUGGAAGAGACGUCGAUCUAUUGAGAGCGCACUUGAAGAGAAGGAGAAGGAGAAGGAGAAGGAGAAGGAGCGAGAAAAAGAAAAGCAAAUCACUCUCAUGGUGAAAGGAAACAUCAACGGUCUUCAGAAGCUUCGUCGACUGCAGCUCGGAUAUCUAAGUCCUACUAGUUUAGUGACCAAGUCACCGGCAGUAACAUGUCAAGCCUGA